GCGCAAUAUGGAAUUGUCGCAGUGGUGAAAUGAGCUGAUGCUGUUUGAAGUUGCAGCUGGGCAUCUACAAAAGCUCAAUCCUUGGCCUGGAUUUCAUUCAAGUCCCGCUUAGACAGGGUCGACCAUGACGGGUGGCGAAGUUGCGGAUGCGAGGGUCUGUGAAAUUGCAAGGCAGCAGUUGAAGUUAGGGCAGCGAGUUUCCUCCUUGAACACAGAGAAGGGCCCUCAGUUAGGAAGCGUGAAGUUCGUUGGUAUCGUGAAUGGGUUCAAGGGCAUCUGGGUUGGGGUGGACUGGGACAGCGGCCAAGGUCGCCACAACGGCGUGGUGGACGGAGUGCGUUAUUUCGACACAGUUGGAGAGAAGUCCGGCUCCUUUGUGCGGCCUCACACACUCAGCACGGGAGUAUCGUUGCUGGAUGCUUUGACCUCGAAAUACAGAGCAAGCAGUAAUAGAAAAGACGAGCCAGACGAGGAAAUGUAUGUGUUAUCAACGGGUAAGAAAAGACAGACAAAGGUUCCUGUGCUCCUUGUCGGCAAAAAGCAAGUGGAAGAUCGGCAGGGGCAACUAGGCAUUCUGCGAUUAGCAGCUCUCACGUAUGCAGGCGUGUGCUGUGCAGGCCCAGCGGGGCAUAUACGAGAUGUUGCUCCGAGUAUUGAAGAGCUCGACCUCACUGGAAACCUUCUUCCCGAUUGGCACGAGGUCAAACGGAUCUGUGAUGAGCUUCCAGCUCUUCGGAUUCUAGAACUGAGUUGCAGCCGCUUCCCUUUUGCGGCAGCUGCCAAGCCUCUACUCGUAUCAUCAAACUUGACGGGAGUUGCUCUCAACCAUUGCGGUUUGACAUGGAGCCAAGUGGACAUUUUGAAGCAUUACCUUCCAAAUAUUCAAGACUUGUCUUUGAUUGGAAAUUGUAUCUCAAAUUUCAAGGAUGGAAACGAAGAUGCAGGUGGUUUUGUUCAAGGACUACAGACGUUGCGGCUCUUGAACUUGGAUGACAACUACUUGGAGGACUGGCAAGAAGUGAUGAAGCUCUCCAAGCUCCCAAGUUUAGCAAAAUUGUGCUUGAACGGCAAUCGCUUGACGCUUGUUGAAUAUCUGGCAAGGUCUGGAGACAGAAACAGCACCUCUUUGCCUUUCGUUUCACUGCUCUGCCUCUACUUGGGUAGAAACAACCUUGCCGACUGGUCCUCUGUGGAUGCUUUAGACUGGUUCCCCUCGCUUCAGGAUGUGCGCUUGUCAGAUAAUCCAUUAACGGAUCACAAAACGGGGACUGCAACGAGGUUCAUGCUGAUAGCUCGCAUGGGCAGCUUGUCUUGUCUCAAUGGCAGCUUGAUAAAACCAAGAGAGCGCAGGGACUCGGAAAUCAGAUAUGUGAGGCAUGUGCUCCAAACCAUGAGAACCCAAAGCAAAGAAAGAAUAAUUAAAAGUCAUCCUCGGUUUGAGAAGUUAAGGAUGAUCCAUGAUUUGCCUGAAGAUAUUUGGAGUUCUGGAUACAUCAACACUGCCAACUCCGACUCUUUUGCAAACAAUUUCUUUGCGGUAACAAUAGAGUGUGUUGCUGCUGGAGUUGGAGAAUGUGCGUCCAUCACAAAAAAACUGCCUCUUGCAACCACGAUAGGAAAGUUGAAGGUGGUUUGUGAAAGUCUUUUUAAAUUGCCUUCUAAUCAACAACGCCUGUAUUUCAAAGACCAGGAUUCACCCAUUCCAAUUGAAUUGAAAGAUGAUUUAGAAACAUUAGCAGAUGUAGGCAUUGGUCCAGGUAGGAUUAUCAUAUUAGAUGAAAUUUAAUAAAGCUAUCUUAAUUAUGUAUUCAUGGUAGAAUGAUAUUUCACAACUAAGGUUUUUAAAAAUAAAAAUAAUUAUUACAAUUGAAGUAAGAAAUUUUUGUGACUUU